UAUUCGUAUUCACACCCAAGGUCUAAGUGUAGUCAUACCACUCGCACCUAUUCAGUAUUUAUAGUUUUUUAACUAGUACCUACUUAACAGUUAACAUUACCAUUCCGAAGUCUAUUGUAUACACAGUUUGCGUUUUUUUUCUUAAUUUAAAUUUUUAAUCGUUAACAACAAUUAAUAUUUUGACUAUUUAAUGUCAUAAAAAUUUGUUUUCUUUAAGAUAAUAAAAAUAUAGUGUGUGUAUUUGUGUGCAGUUUAAACGCCAAUAUUAUAUUAGAAUGGCUCCUAUUGUAUCUAGUAAGUAUCAUAAUUACCUUAGCUUUUCCUGUAUCUCUACAUGUUGCAAAUACGUUCUCCACCUUAAAUGUUUCAUUUGAUAGUAAUUUUUUCACUAGUCCAAGUCCUAUUCCUCUAUUUGCACCAGUAACUAAUAUAGAACACAUUUUAAUUUUAGCGAAUUAACAAUUAAAGUUGAUGAAUCAUGGGUAAAUGAAAACCAUUCUAAACCAUGUUACAUAACGUUAUGAUAAUAUUUUCGAUUUUAGAAACUUAACUUGCCAGUUGCCACUACUGAUGAGAAUCGUGUUUCUUAUCAGGCUACUUCGAAUGAUUAUAUAAUACUUUUAGUUUUUAUUACAAUUUAAGAGUUUUAAAUUGCAAUAGAUACUCUGUUUUAAUGUUAAUUUCUCAAUUAAGGUAAAAUGUUUUUUUUUCGUUCGUUAUCUGUAAAAGUUUUUCAAAGACAUGUUAAUGUUAAUAAACAUUUUUUAAGCUGUAACACUAAUUUUAGAAGAAAAAUAAGUUCAUGUAAAUACCUAAUUAAAAUUUAUUUAAUUGUAUACAAUUAUAUGACCUCAUUAUUUCUGCAAAUAAUUUGUUUAUUGUGUGUUAUGAAAAUAAUAUGAAUAAUGUUAAAAAUUCUAUACAGAUAAUUUUGAUAGAAUAAAAUAUAUUAUAUUAUCUUAUUUAAAAGUAUAUUAUUGUAUUACAACUAUGAAAAUGUAAAAUAAAAUUAUGUCAAAAGUCUGUAUUACACUGGAUUGACAAUAUACUGUGAUGUGUUGAACAUGUUGUUGAUUUGAAGAUUCACUAUUACAUAUGUUCGAUAUUUAUAAAAAUUUAUUUUUUUAUUUUCAUGAGUUGAAAACUGCUGUGCAGUGUUGUUUAAUUUAUUUAAUUUAUUUUGGUAUUCUUUAUUAUAAGUGUAAAUAUUUUAAUAAUUUUCAAAAAAAAAUGUCUACUGAUAAAGGUAUUAUUUUAGCAGCAGCAGCUUUCAUUUUAACUAUCGAAGACGAAUCACGAUUCAAUAAAUUUUAAACCUAAUGAAGGUAUUCAUAGCAUGUUUAAACAAUUUUUGUGGAUGACAUUUACCAAUUUUGACGAUCGGAUUUAAAAUAUUACACAAGAACACAAAUUUUCGAGAACCUAUAUCCAUAAAUAAAAGCCAAAAAAAAUUGUCAAUAAUUUUACCACCAAUGUGUACGGUUGUCCAUUUAGUUUCGUUUGAUGUUUACCGACUUUGUCACUCGACAAGUGUAAUUGACACCCUAGUUAAAACAAAUUCGGUAGUAGAUGUUGAAUCAACAUGUCAAUUGACUGAUGACAAUCCAGUAUAAUACUAAAUAUUAAUAAAAAAAAAUAAUAAUUUGUAGACUGUAUACUGAUAUCAUACCUACCUAAGUUUCAAAAUUAAUCAUUUUUAUUUUUUGAUUUAUUAUUUAGGUGGCCAAUAUGAUUAUGAUCUUUUAGUUAUUGGCGGAGGAUCGGGUGGUUUAGCAUGUGCUAAAGAAGCCACUGGUUUUGGAAAAAAAGUAGUCGUUUUAGAUUUUGUUAUACCAUCAGAGAGAGGUACUACUUGGGGAAUUGGUGGUACUUGUGUAAACGUAGGAUGCAUACCUAAAAAACUUAUGCACCAAGCUGCUUUAUUAGGAGAAUCCCUCCACGUAUGUCAAUAUUUAUGAUCUUUUAUUUUAAUACAAAUCAAAACAAUUUAUCUUUGAACUAAAAUUUUAUAAAUUGCAAAUUAUAUUAUUUCUUUUUUGUCUUGGGUAAAAAUUUUAUAGGUUUAUUAGUAAUUUUUUUUUCAUUUACUUAUAUUAGGAAGCGCGCAGUUAUGGAUGGAAUGUACCAAAUUCAAUUUCUUUCAAUUGGGAAUCUUUAGUUGAAGCAGUACAAAAUCACAUUAAAUCAGUGAACUGGGUUACACGAGUGCAAUUAAGAGACAAGUAGAAUCACACAAUUUUUUUGAUUUUAUAUAAAAUUGUACAACCAUUCUAAAAUUACUAAAAUUCAUAUUUUUUAUAGGAAUAUUGAAUAUGUUAAUGGCCAUGGUGUAUUUGAAGAUGCUCAUACUGUUGUGGCAAAGAUGAAAAAUGGAAAAGAACGACGAAUAACAGCAAAGGAUAUUUUGAUAGCUGUGGGUGGACGUCCACAUUACCCAGAUUUUCCAGGCUGUAAAGAAUAUUGUAUAACUAGUGAUGACAUAUUUUCUUUGUCUACACCGCCAGGAAAUACUUUAGUUAUUGGGGCUGGAUGUAAGUAAAUUAUAUUAUUUCAGUGUUUAAGUGUUAAUCAUACUUGUAUAAUUACAAUACAAAUGUAAUAUAUUAUUUAAAUACUAUUAAUGUAUGGAAUAAAGAAUUUUUACAAAUAGUUUAUUGAGGAAAUAAUAAAAUUUGAAAAUAACAGUAUGAUUUUUAUAUUUCUUUUUAGAUAUUGGAUUAGAAUGUGCUGGUUUUUUACGAGGUUUGGGUUAUGAAGCAACUGUUAUGGUGCGAUCUGUGAUCCUUCGAGGCUUUGACAGAGAUAUGGUUAAUCUAGUUCAAGCUGAAAUGGAAGAAAAAGGUGUAAAAUUUUUAAUUGGUAAAACACCUACAAAAGUGUCCAAACAACCAAAUGGGAAAUUGUUAGUUGAGUGGUUAGGCAACAAAGUAGUAAGUAGUAUUUUUUAGUAAAAAAGUAAUAUUUUAAUUGAUAGUUUAAAUCUUAAUAAUUUUUUUUGAAUUACUAUAAUUUUAGAUUGAACAAGGUGAGUUUGAUACAGUUCUUGUAGCUACAGGACGUAAAGCUCUUUCAAAAGAAUUGAAUCCAUUGGCUGCUGGAUUAGAAGUUCAUCCUGAAUCUGGUAAAUUUACCGUCAAUGCUGAACAGACCAAUGUUCCAAAUAUUUAUGCAGUUGGUGAUGUAUUGCAUGUAAGUAAAAUUUAUAAAAAUUUAUUAAAUUUAAUAUUGACUACCUAAUGGAUUAGAUUUUUUUUUAUUUUUGAAUAUACCUUUAUAUUAUUUAACUUUUUUAUCACACGGAUUUUUCAAAUUUAACCUAAAAAUUGAUUUAAAAAAAAAUUCUACUGUAUGCAAUAGAGCUACACUAGUACUUUAAUUUUGUAUUAAUUCAACUAUAUUUCAAUAUUUUAAAUAUUAAAUUAAUAUUUAGGAAAGACCUGAGUUAACACCUGUAGCAAUUCAAGCUGGUAAAUUAUUAGCUGCAAGAUUAUAUAAUGGUGGUAAAGAACAUAUGGAUUAUGAUAAUGUUGCUACAACAGUUUUUUCACCUCUUGAGUAUGGUUGUGUUGGUCUCACAGAAGACGAAGCAAUUAAUAGAUUUACUGAGGAUAAAAUUGAAGUAAAUUGUGUAGAUAAGUUUUACAGUUUUAAUUGUUUAACAGUAUUAAUUAUUGAUAUAAAUUAAAUUAUUCAGGUGUACCAUGCAUAUUACAAACCUACUGAAUUUUUUAUCCCUCAAAAAAAUGUUAAAAAUUGUUAUUUAAAAGUAAUAACUCUAUUAGAAGCCCCACAAAAAGUUUUGGGUAUGCAUUUUAUUGGGCCACAAGCAGGGGAAGUAAUACAAGGAUAUGCAGCAGCAUUAAAGUAAAUAUACAAUACAACAUAUACAAAUAUUAUUUGUAAUUUAAUCUUUGUUGAAAAAAUAGGUCUGGAUUAACAUUUGAACAUUUAAAAAAUACGGUCGGUAUUCACCCUACAAUAUCUGAAGAAUUCACUAGAGUGGGUAUCACUAAACGGUCAGGAGAAGAUCCAACUCCGCAGAGCUGUUGUAGUUAAAAUAUUUGUUUUAAUCUAAUAUAUACUAGAAUACUCGUUUAUGUUUACUUGUAAAAUUCCUGUGGUGUUAUGGUAUUAACAAUUGAUUAUAAUUUAGGCAGUAAUUUUUAUUCAUUUAAUACUUAAUUAGGUAAUUAAUUUUAUACCAGAAUUAUUAUACAAAUACACUUAAAAAUAAAAUCUCUUUGAAUUUGCAUUAACUUAUGUUUUUUUUUUACUGACUAUAGUCCACUAUAUUUCAAUGGUUCUAAAAUAGUUAAGACUACUUAUUUCAGAUAACAUUGAUUGUAAUACUUGUAAAAACCCUCAAACUUUUGACUUCACUCAAAUUAUAGUACAUAAUAUGAUCAAAAAAAUAACACAUACACUAUAAUGGAGAGAAUAUUUAUACAUAUAUAUAUAUAUAUAU